AUGGCAGUAAGAAAGACACAAACCAAAAAAGAAGAAGAAGAAGUUAAGAAGGUCGCUUCUGUAGAAGAGUCCAACUCCGAGGAAGUAACCAAGGAGGAAGCCUCUGACGAGAAGACUGCUUCCGAGCAGAGCAGCAACGACUCUGCUGAGGAAAACAGCGAGUCUCCAACAGAAACCGACUCUGAGGAGGGAUCAGAAAAAGGAUCAGACGACGGAUCAGAUUCAUCGAACAAGGAGGAAGAAGCAAAGGAGCCAGAAGAGAACAAGGACGAGAGAACCAUCUUCAUAAAGGGAAUCACAUUUGGAUGCACCGAGGAGAGUUUGAAGGAGCUUUUUGGAAAGUACGGAAACAUCACAGAGGUGAGAAUUCCCCGAAGCAGAGACGGACCAGGCGGCAAGGGAUUCGGAUACGUUGAGUUUGAGUCAAAGGAGUCGUGCGAGAAGGCCAGGGAGCUGGACGGAACAGAGCACGAGGGAAGAAUCAUCGUAGUCGACAUGGCUAAGUCCAGCCAGAGAGAGCCUAGAGCAGACGGACAGAGAGGCUUUGCCAACAACAGAGGCGGAGAGCACACAGUUUUCCUAGGAAACAUUCCGUUUGACGUUGACCACGCAGACUUCAUAGGGCACUUGAAGACGUACGCAGAUGUGACCCAGCUGAGAAUCCCAGAAGACAGGGAGACCGGAAGGCCCAAGGGAUUUGCGUUUGCGUCUGUGGCAACAAGCGAGGAGGCACAGAAACUUAUUAACUCAAACAUAACCUACAUGGAUAGAAGCAUCAGAGCACAGCUGUCCGAGAAGAGAAACAACAACGGACCAAGAGGAGGCUCCUUUGGAGGACGGGACAACUCGUACGGAAGAAGAGACAACGAAAGGGCCUUUGGAAAGAGAAGCUGGGCGUCUGAGAACAGCAACAACAAGAGACAUGUGAAGUUUGAAUAA